AUGCGACGCCUGAGUCGCCUGCUGAGUCGCCUGCCUGAGUCGCCUGAGUCGCAGCCGCCAUCGCCGAUGUGGCCUCACCGUAACGUCCCGCUCGGCCUGCUCUCCAACUUCCUCUCCACCACCGCGGGCUCCAUCGGCAUCGCGCGUGACGCCUACGUGCUGCUGCUGCCCGAGGGCGUGGGCACAGCCACCAACGUAGGGCUGAUGGAGGGGAUGAGCGGCGUCGUCAAUCUGCUCACCUCCUUCGCCGCCGGGGUCGCAACCGACCGCUGCGGCCGCAGCCCCGUGCUUCGGCUCGCGGCCGCCGCCUGCGUCUUGCAGGCGUCGGUCACUUGCCUCGCGGUGCUGUACCUACCUUCGAGGUCGGGCCCGCAGACCGUCUUUGUCGCGCUGUGCGCGGCCUCGACGCUCUUUGGCGCCGUCAAGGGCUCGUAUUUCGUCGCGCUGGAGGCCAUCUUUGGCGACUCGACGCCGCAGGCGCGGCGGACAUCCUUCUACGUCUACAAGCAGAUGUCGGCGACGGCUGGCCUCUCCGUCGGGCCGCUCAUCGCGGUCGCCUGCUUCGCCCUCUCGCACGACACGUGGACCCGGCCCGAGCUCGUCUCGGUCAUCGUCGCCGGCGCCGCCAUCGCCGUCGCGCAGGGCGUCGUCUGCCUCUUCUUCCGCGACGACGGCUGCGGCGGGGCUCGAGUUGGCGGCUUGUGCGCGUCGCGGCGCGUCGCGCCCUUUCUGGCGGCGUCGAGCCUCUCGCUCGGGUUCGGGUCGGGCAUCGCGUACAAGUUCCUGCCGCUGUACUGCAUGCAGUCGCUCGAGCUGACACCCAUCGCCACGCACGCCAUCAUCGCGCUGAUGCAGCUCACCGCCACAGCCCUCAACCUGCUCAUCCGCCGCCUCGCCCGCACCACCGGCCCGAUCGGCGCCGCCUUCCUCUUCAUGCUCGUCGCCAACGCCGCCCUCGCCCUCGUCUGCCUCUCGGCCGAUUUGCCUGUGCCGACGCCAGCCAUCGCCAUCGCGAUUGGCGUGCGCGGCGCCUUCAUGAACUCGAUCGGCGGGAUCACGGGCGCGGUGCUCAACGACCACAUCUCGAGCGAGCACCGCGGCAAGUGGGCCACGCUGCAGUCGCUCUCCAAGACAACCUGGUCGGGCUCCGCCUUCAUCGGCGGCGCUCUGAUCGACGCCGUCGGCUAUGAACGCACCUUUCUCUGGCCGCUCGCCUUCCACACCCUCGGCAUGUGCCUCCUCCUCCCCAUCCUCCGCAGCGUGCCGUCAGAGCCCCGGAGGAGGAGGCAGGAGGAGGUGGCUCCCCUCAACCUCCCCGCCACCGCCGGGGCUGGGGACCUGGGUUGUGACGGCAGGGCAGGCUGCCGGGCGAGCAACCUUGCGGUCUGA